CUGCCAGCACCAGCAGGAUCAGGACAGCGACCAGCAGCACACACAGAAACACCAGGGGCAGCAGCAGCUUCCACAGCAACCUGAAAUACACGAGAGAGAUUACAGCAAAUUACCAACCAAGUUCAUAAUAUGGAAACUCACAGUCUGGAGCCUGACAUCAUGAAGACCCUUUUGAUUUUGUUUGUUUUGAUGAAUUUGGGCAGCCUCCUGAGGACAGGACAGUGCACAGAAACACAUGACCAAGUUUUAUCCAUCACUCCGAAAACACAAGAACAAGUGGAGAUCUUGAAGAACAUGUCUACUCAGUAUGAGACAGCUUUAUGGCAGCCUGCCUCACCUCACUACAUCAAAGAAGAGACUCAGGUUCACCUGUUUGUUCCUGCAAACAGCUCAGAAACGGUCAAGGAUCUGCUGCAGAAACACACCAUAAUUCAUGAGGUGUUGCUAGCCAAUGCCAACGAGCUGAUUGAAAUGCAGACGAGGAACGACUCCACCGACCCACGAAGCGGCGCAACCUUCUACGACAAAUAUCACAGUCUGGGGGAUAUCUAUGAUUGGAUAAACAGGACCCAACAAGAAAACCCUAGCACAGUCAAAGUCAUUCUCAUUGGCUCCUCGUGUGAGAAGCGACCACUCUACGUUCUGAAGUUGUCUCUAAAUGACAGACCGAACAAGAAAGCGAUGUGGAUCGACUGUGGGAUCCACGCCAGAGAGUGGAUCUCUCCUGCUUUCUGUUUAUGGUUUGUACGCCAUUCUUUGUCAUUUUACAACCAAAACCAGGACAUGACUGACAUCCUGAACAACAUGGACGUCUACGUCCUCCCUGUUAUGAACCCCGAUGGAUACGAGUUCACAUGGACAACAAACAGGAUGUGGAGGAAGAAUCGUUCCGUCAGCAAGGCCAGCGGCUGCAUUGGAGUAGACCUCAACAGAAACUUUGAUGCCAACUGGUGCACUGAGGGGGCCUCUCAUGAGCCCUGCACUGAGAUCUACUGUGGCUCGUUCCCCGAAUCGGAACCAGAGUCUCAGGCUGUGGCCGACUUCCUGCGCAGCCACAAGGACUCAGUUCAGCUCUACCUCUCUAUCCACUCCUACUCUCAGAUGCUGCUCUUCCCGUACUCCUGCACCUUUGAUGAAGCGGAGAACCACAAAGAGCUGCUUGACAUGGUCCAAGAAGCUGCCCAGAAAAUCAGAAGAUAUUAUAGAAACACAUACAAAUAUGGUGCUGGAGCGAAGACAAUAUAUUUGGCUCCUGGUGGGUCUGAUGACUGGGCGUACAAACUGGGCAUCAAAUACUCCUUCACAUUUGAGCUCCAGGACCGCGGGCGUUACGGCUUCCUCCUGCCGCCAUCUCACAUUCCCCAGGCCUGCAACGAAGCUCUGACCGCUGUGAAGACCAUUGCUCUCAAGGUUAUAGAGAAAACUCAAGCUGCUACAAGUCCUUCCCAACCCAUUUAAGCAGCUGCACCUGCAAUCUGUGUGAACUAAACCUGUUAAAAGACUUUGUUGUAUCACUAACAGAUCAGUACAUUUUGCUUAAUGGAGAAAUUUUAUAUUAUUGGUGUUUAUCUUGUUGAGAUUCCUUAAGUGUAUGCAUAUAAACACAGAUACAUAUGAAUACAUAUUAUGCAUAUUAUUAGUGGCAAUUCAUUAAUUAUGAAAAGUCAAAAUAAAAACUGUAAAAAUAAAUCAACUGAUUGAAGUUACA